AUGGCUGCUCUUAACCUAUCCAAUGAAGAUGAUGAAUUGAUCCUCGAUGAUGAUAUUACAGGGGAGUCGUCUGUCUCCGUCGAUCUUUGUUUGGUUGGAAGAUUCCUCACUGACCAGCCGAUUAAUUUCAACCUAAUGCGCAGCCGUUUGGCUAGCAUUUGGCGACCGGGAAAGGGAGUUUUCAUGAAGGACAUUGGUCAAGGAAGGUUUAUAUUCCAAUUUUUUCAUGAGCUUGAUCUACUGUGGGUUUAUGAUGGAGGUUCGUGGUCUUUCGGUAAUUUUCCGCUGAUCCUUCAUCGUCUUAAGAAGGGUGAAUUUUCUCUUGCUGUUCCUCUGGAUUCUUUACCGUUUUGGGUUCAAAUCCAUGAUCUUCCUGCCGGAUAUCUGACGGAAGGCGUGGGUAAGUUGCUGGGUAAUUUCAUUGGUGAUUUCUUGGAGUAUGAUAGUACAAACUCUUCUAGUGUGUGGCGCCAAUAUAUGAGAAUUCGGGUUGGCAUUCGGGUCCUUCUCAAACGUUUCAAGAAGAUCAAGCAUAAAGACGGUUCGUCCUUUAUUGUCAAUUUCAAAUAUGAGCGGCUUAAUGUUUUCUGUUUCCUCUGUGAAAGAUUAGGUAAUUCAGAAAGCUUAUGUGAGCUUAUUUUCUCUGCUAUGAAAGACACGAAGAGGGAGUGGGGAGUUGGCCUGAAAGCUGCUGAUCGGCGGAGCCUGAAUCUUGCGGGUGAUAAAUAG